AUGACAGCGACAUACGAGGCACGCGCCAAGCAGCACCAUGAUCGACUCAUUGAGAUGGGUGGGCGGCCGACACGUCCAGUUCGGCUACAGCCAACAUGGAAUGCUACCUACAGAGAUGGCCUGAUUUACAUUACUGACAACCAAGGGGAACUGGAGUGCACUCUCUCAGACGACAUAGAUCCAAUGAACCAUCAUUGGUCAAGAGAAAGCGCACACUUUGAGAGAGAGCUGGAAAAUUGGCAGAGGUUCAGGGAAAAUCAGCAAAGACUUCAGCAUUUGGACCGCCUGGAGACAGAGUUAGAGCUUGAUGAUACAGACGCUGGAUUGAUCAAUGUUUUGACAAGAUUGAGUGACUGGGAAGAGUUCGAGGUCUUUCAGGACCUGAUUUGUGUCGACGCCUUCGAUUUCGGGGACCGAUGUCGCCUUAGUUUUUUACAGAUCACAAAGUGGGAAGUCCCCGCUGAGAACUUCACUGCCAAGCUCCGCGGCCCAUGA